UUUACUUGGAGAAGCGAGAAAGUUCCGUCUCCAAAACCUAAAGAAGCCACUUAUUAUCCGCAGCAACUUAACGAUGGGCGCUGCUACAACUGCAAGACAAACCUCGUGGAUGGUGGCAGCGGUAAUUGCCGCACUUGAAGCACGCUGGAAUUAUCCUGUCCGCUUUUUCAACAAAGAUGUAAAGCCUCGUCUCCGUGCCAUCGCUGUAACGUCUCGUACACCUUCCGCCCCAUCAUCUUCUUCAUCGGAUGAUUUCGUCAGCGACAACUCGAAGGCUAAAUCUGAGGCUUCCAUGGAGAGAGUUAUGGGUCUUAGCUGCUUUGGUCCCACCACCGUUCGAUUCUAGAUCAUUCCGUAGUCUACUACUAGUUGAUUCUGAAGCUCUUGUUCUUCUCAUUUUGAUCAUUUAAUAGUUUUUGGUGAAUUUUUUGAAUUGGAUCGUUAAGUUUCUCAGAAAAUA